CAGGCUUCGAGUGCGACUUUAAGUGAAACAGGUUCUGUAACGAACAUGCAAAGUAACGAGAGUAUUGAAAAAUCCGAAAGUUCUGUGUCGGAAACUGGUCGGAAAGACAAAACUGUUUAUGUAAACCGGUUUAGAAAACCAGUGUACGAUGAAGGAGAGUUAGAUGCUUCCGAUCUUUCCCUCCCACCUUCGAGGACUAAUCCACAUCCAUUUGACCCUUCUUUAAAUCCAUCUUUGUUACCACCGACACAUUCGCAUUCUCUUGCUCAAUAUGUAAAUCAUCUUCCAUUGUUGCAACGCCUUGUCGACCUAGGGGUCAAUCUACUCACAGUGGAGAAAACAACGGCUCUCGGCCGUCAACUUGUUAGACUGGAUUGGGACCGAGUGGUCUUACCAAAGCUUGCAUGGUUGAUAAAAAUUGGUGUUCCAGUAACAGAAUUAGGGGACUAUUUAACGAGGAACCCAUAUUUUCUAAUUCAGAAUCUUGAUGAUAUGAAGGCUCGCGUCAAUUACUUGCUCUCAAAGAAGUUCAAAAUGGCUCAAAUUGCAAAAAUUGUGGUUGCUUUCAGGUACUGGCUAAAUUUUGAUGUUCGUACAAUCGAUGCUCGUCUUGGAUGGCUUCAGAAAAGUUUCGCAUUGUCAGGGGAUGAGGUGCGUAGUCUAGUAAUACUGGAACCUCGAAUUGUUAUGUUUGGCGUUGGACCUUUGCAGAGGCUUACAAUGCUACUUUCUGAAGAAUUCGGUUUUACGAAGGAUCAAGUGAAAGAGAUGUUAAUGAAGGAGCCGCGUCUUUUUAUGCAAGGUGACGAUUACUUCGCUGCUUCGUAUCUGUAUCUUCAAUUUACUAUGGGUCUAAGCAACGAGCAAAUAGCAAAUUAUCCGCUGGCUUUAAGAUGUCCUAUAGCUUCUUUACGACGGCGACACGAAUUUUUGCUUAGGUUAAGACGAGCUAAUUACACACCCGGAAUGUCGGAAUACGUAUCACUUCCCUCUCUUUUACAUCCAUCUGAUCAGUACUUUGCAGUUCAUGUUGCAAAGUCUUUUCUUGCUGCUUAUAACGCUUUUCUUAAAAAAGUUUAA